AAUGAUAAAUAUGCUCGUCAUCGAAAGUCGUAUGACUGAAAUAAAGAACCCACAAAGUCGACGAAGCAUUGAUUCCUCCGCAUGGCAGCCGCCAGUCUGUGGGUGUAGGUGCGGAUGUGGGUGUUUGGGUGUGGGUGGGUUUGGGUUUGGGUGUUGGUGUGGGUCUGGUGUGGGUGUGGGAUGUGGACGGGUAUGGGUGUUGGUGAAGAGUAGAUCCGUACUCACGCCCACACCCACACAUUCACACCCACAUCCACCACAACCAAACCCACCCACACCCACCACUCACACCCACGCCCACAACACCCACACUUCCACAUCCACCCACGCCACGCUCACACUUGCCCACAUCCACCGCUCACACCCACCGCUCACACCCACACCCACACCCCACACCCACAACACCCACACCCCACACCCACAACACCCACACCCACACCCCACACCCACACCCAUAAAUUAAUUACCGAGCUCAUUUCUCUCUUUUUAAAACCAAUUAAACACACCGAGCUCAAAUAUCUCUUUUUUCCGAGCUCAUUUAUUAUUUUAUCCAUAUUCUUAUUGAACUGUUUGGAGAAUUAUAUGCAUAUACUAAACAAUCAUCAAUAUUACCGUAUGAGGCUUUACUUUUAUUACGUCCAUUGCCAUUAUUACGUGCACAUAUUGGUUUGUCGGAUCGUUUAAUGAAUAAAAUGGUUUUAGAAUUUGCUGCAUCAACACAACCAUUAUAUCCUCAAAUACUUGCAUAUACAGUUUUUGCUUUAUUUCGUGCUUUAAUUAAUGCACGUUAUUCGGCUAAAGUUAAUGAAUGGACUUUAUUAUCAAUGACAAAUAUUGCACAAAGAAAAUGA